AUGGACCUCUACGACGGGACCACCAACCCGAAGCAUCACUUAAGCAAUUUUAAAAGUCGGAUGUAUUUGGCCGACGCUUCUGAUGCUACUCGCUGCAAGGCCUUUCCGACGACCAUAACGAAAGCAGCAAUGAAGUGGUUCGAUAGCCUUCCCUCGAGGUCGGUCACCAGCUUUGAUGACCUCUCGCGAAAGUUCCUGAUGCAAUUUUCCAUCCAGAAUGAUAAAGUAAAACACGCACAGAGCCUCCUGGAGGUAAAACAGGAGGUCGGAGAACCUUUGAGGGACUACAUGGAAAGGUUCAAUAAAGCGUGUUUAGAGAUUCAAGACCUGUCUACGGAGGCAGUAAUUAUGGGCCUAGUAAAUGGACUCCGAGAAUGCCCCUUCUCCCAGUCCAUCUCGGAAAGGCACCCGACCUCCCUGAAUGAUGUGCAGGAAAGAGCUAAGAAGUACAUCAACAUGGAAAAAAAUGCCAGACUUCGAGAGUCAAGUUGGCGAUCUGGGCACUCCCACUCAUCAAAAGAGAAAGAAAGAGAGCCCAAAAAGAAAGAAGAGGUCGGCCUUGAGAGGCCUAGGAGAUAUCACUCCUAUACUCCUCUGCGAGUUUCCCUAGUUGAUGUCUAUAGGAAAAUUUGUCAUAUUGAAAGACUACCUCCCCCUGGGCCCAUAAAAAAUAAAGGAGGGGAGCCGUGGCGACUACUAUGA